UGAAAGUGACCUGGAGGAAGUGCUGACAUUUUACACGCACAAAAACAAGACAGCAAGUGUCUUCCUAGGAACAAACUCCACAAGCACAAAACCCAGCAACACCAGUAACCGGUCAGAGAAACAGCCUCAAGGGGAGCAUCCUGAGGUGGUGAAAAAAAUAAAAGGUGAUCAGCCCAAAAGUUCAGUUGUAGAUCUGCCUGCAGAAGAAGCAUUAAAAGGCUGUAAACCCAAAGAAGUUAAAUCAACAUUUCCAGAAGGACCCACCUUCUCCUUAAAUACUGAAGUGAAAUUACCUCGGUGUGCCCCUCCUAGUGCUUCUUCCUCCAUUUCUGGUGCCACAUUCCGGAGGAGUACCAGUACCUGGAUACCAUCUCAGCCUGCAGCCUCUGAAAAUCCACAGGUGCCUGGUCACCACCCAUUGCCGGCUCCUCCAGUUGGUCCCAGGCUGAAUCAGCCCCCGUCCCCACUACCCUCCUCGCAGAGCACAGCUCCUGACAGCUCUUCUGUCUUCACAAACCCAGUGUCCGGCGAGGCUUCCAGGCUUGCGGGGUUACACCGUUGUCAUUCUGGUAGCUACACCAUUGGCCCAUUUUCAUCUUUUCAGAGCGCUGCUCAGAUCUAUAGCCAAAGAUUGUCCCGACCAUCCUCUGCAAGAGUAGGUUUGUGCCAUCGCAGUCCAAGCGGGCAGUGUAUGGGCUCAGCCAGGAUGCACAAAGAUGCAGAAGAUACUUCUUCCCAGAGCAAAUGCUACAGCCCCAGCAUGGUAGCAGCAGAACUCCAGCAGCUGGCAGAAAAGCAAACAGCCUGUCAGCUUUCCCACACCAGUCUCCUUACGCAGCAGUUAAGAAACAUGAACUUGGCCAGUGGAACUAUAAGCAAGGAGAAUGCAGCCACCUCACAGAGUUACCGGUCACCACUCAACAGAAGAGGGUCAUUGUGGGCUGCUCGGUCAGACACUCAUAUGGUUGACAAAAGAUCUGUCUCUUCAGCAGUCAGGGCUUCAGAGAAUCAUCGUUUUGCCUGGGAAGGAGAGUUGGAGAACAGCGUCUACAACAAGGUGACAGAGAGUCCACUGGCACAUCCCAACUAUCAGCUCCAUUUUGCUGUGCAGCAACUUCAGCAGCAGAAACUUCAGUCACAACAGUUGUUGGAGCAAAGCCAAGCCCGGCACCAGGCUCUCUUUGCCAACUACUCACAGUCCAGCACCAGCCAUAUAUCUAUGCCAGCUGGCUCUGAUGCCCGCAAGACAUCAAGUGCCACUUCUAGUAUCCAGAAGGCAGCCAGUUUGCACAAAGUGAUGCCAUCCCAGAGUAUGCCUUCUCAGCUGGUUCCAAAGCCUCCAGCAAACCACAGACAGGCACUGGUCAGAAAGGCUGCAGCCCAGAGGAUUUCCAAGGUGACCUCCACUGAAAGGCAACUGAAUGGAUUCCUGAACAGCCUUCACAGUGCUGCAUCCUGUGAGCCAGGGACAAAUUCCACAG